GACAGGACAUCAUUUUUCACUGAGGAAAUGUUGGAGUCUGCCAUUGAUGUGGUUACUGUUGACAUAGAUUAAAUUAUGGGGGUCAAAUUUGUCUCCACUUUGUGGAUUGGGGUGAUCAGACCUUGGUUCCAAAUAUUGGGGAAGAUGCCAGAGCCGAGGAUAAUAAUGAAGAGUUUGAGUGUAGCCAACUUGAAUUUGUUGUCUGUUUUAUUUUAUAAUUUCAUUUUUCUUCUUUACUGUUUUAGUGUUUCCCCAUAGUAUUUUUAUUUAUUAGGGCAGCAGCUACUCUUCCUGUGGUCCAAACACAUUAAGGCACUUACAUUACAUAGUGAAGGUGUAUGUUCUAGUUUUGUGGGUCUGUGUGUUUGGUUGGGUAGGUUUCAAUUUAUUGUUAUUUUUUUGGUGGGGGGAGGGUUGUUUGCGCUCUUCAUCAAACCACUUUUUUUUGCUUUUAAUUUUUAUAGGUUUCUGCUUGAUUUUUUUUUUUUUACAAUUUGAUGUUAGCUGUCAUAUAUACUGUUCAGACUUUAUUUUGCUAAGUUUACACCUUCACUAUCGCAAGGAAAAUAUUUCUCUCUCUCUCUCUCUCUCUCUCUCUCUCUCUCUCUCUCUCUCUCUCUCUCUCUCUCUCUCUCUCUCUCUCUCUCUCUCUCUCUCUCUCUCUCUCCUUUUUGUGGUUUGAAUCACAGUCUCCUUCUCUCUCUGGUAAAAGUUGAAUAAUAAGUUGUCAGCCACUCCCUAAUCUACUCAAACACUGAGCUGAGGGUGUUGCAGCUAUGUUUACCUAGCUAGUACACUCAGUAUGGGCAUGCAGUACACCCUCCCCUCUUGUACCAAGCUGAGUAGGUCUUAUUAAAGACUCACCUUUCCUGAGUGCAGUUGAGUAUUUUUUUUUACCAGAAGGGUAGAAGCCCACUGGGAACGAGAGGCAGUUGUGGCAAGAGCCAGUGGUCUGUUGGAGGUUGAACUGAACUUAUUACUACAAACUCUAAUUCUACAACUUGUACCUCCACUAUGAACUGGGCGUUUCUGCAGGGCCUGCUUAGCGGGGUCAACAAGUACUCCACGGCGUUCGGUCGUAUCUGGCUCUCUGUCGUCUUCAUCUUCAGACUCAUGGUCUUCGUCGUGGCCGCGGAGAAAGUGUGGGGUGACGAGCAGAAAGACUUCGACUGCAACACGCGCCAACCUGGCUGCCACAAUGUCUGUUACGACCACUUCUUCCCUGUCUCCCACAGCCGGCUCUGGGCACUCCAACUCAUCUUCGUCACCUGUCCCUCACUCCUGGUCGUCCUCCAUGUCGCCUACAGAGAUGAACGAGAGAGGAAACACUGUCUGAAGCACGGCGAGGGAUGCACCCGUCUGUAUGACAAUACGGGGAAGAAGCGCGGCGGCCUGUGGUGGACCUACCUCUUCAGUCUGCUCUUCAAGAUGGCGGUAGACGGCGUGUUCAUCUUUCUGUUGUUUUACAUCUACGAUGCAUACUUCUUCCCGCUGGUGGUGAAGUGCUCAGAGGACCCCUGUCCCAACGAGGUAGACUGCUUUAUUGCCAGGCCAACAGAGAAACGAGUGUUCACGGCCUUCAUGGUGGUGAUAAGCUUGGUGUGUAUACUCUUGACCCUGUGUGAGAUCCUCUACCUGCUGGGGAAGAAGUGCAGGGAGUGUAUUGGCGGUGGAGGACCCCGUGCCAUCAGGGAGAGCCCCCAGUUCACCAUGCCAGCUACCAUACCCCUGACAGAGAAAGAUACCUCUGUGUUCAAGCAGUCUGAACUGAAGAAGAUUAAUAUGGCUGAUGGGGAUGGUGGACUGGAUAAGAGAGAGAGCCCUGCUCCGGGUUACAGUGUGACUGUCUCUUAAUACUGUUAUCUUUAAUUCUGGUCCUGGAGACGCCAUAACUUGUGAAGGCUUUCCGUUCAAACCCAGUAUUAAUACGUUGAUUAGAUGCAUCUAAUCAAGGCAUUGGUGAUUAGUUGAUCAGUUGUGUUUUAGUAAGUCUAGUAGUAGUUAGUAGAUAGUACUGGUCUGGACGAAAAGCCUAUGGAAAGACUACAACAUUCUGUCAUGUCUGUGUUUAAGGCAAGGGCCACAUAUACUGUUCAGUGUGAGUAUAUGGGAUACUCCAAAAUGCUGUUUACAAAGUCACUGCCAAAAUGGGAAAAUAUUUAGUCGUGAUUAAUUAGAGAAUGACAUGCCAUCUGUUUUUUUUUUAUUAAGAAGUUUUCAUUUCAUGAAAUGUACAUUAUUUCUUGUAUUGUCUAGUUAUUGACAUGUGUAAUAUAAUUUCAAGCCUGAUGAUUGUAGUCAGCUUGUAAUUUGAAAUAAAACAUAUUUUAUUAUGAUCUAUUAUA